AUGGCACAUGCUUCGGUUGUACCAAGUCUCAGUCAGACAAACAUCGAAAUGUUAGGCUCGGAAAUCUUGCUGAUUAUCUUCGAGAAGCUUUCUGAUUCCUCGCCCGAAUUUUUGCAAGGCUUAAGACCUGUAUCACACACUUUCAACUGCUUCGUAACUGCCAUUCGAUACCGAACCAUCACAAUAUUGCAGAAACUGCUCGACCAUAACACAAAUGGUGUCAAUACUGCUUGGCAAAACAUGCACCACCAUACAAGGCAUGUCAACAUCAAGACCAAAUUCAACUGGAAUGUCGUUGUUCAGUUGCUGUCUGGCUGUAACCGACUACAAUCCAUGACCUGGUCGGUCAUGCCCGAUAACUUCUCAAACGGGUUUCCCAACAUUCUCAGACAAGAAAUCCAAGACUACUGGCCCCAAAUACGCUUCAGCAUUGCGAGAAUCGAUUGUCCAUUGAAUCAUAUAGCUACCUACCCGGGGAAGAACUUUCUAGCUUUUAACAUUGUGGACGUUCUUGUUGAGAAUAUUAAUGAUCCAUCGCUUACUGAGCCGUUGCAAGCUCCCCUAGUCGCAUCCAAAACCUGGAAACGCACCGAAUUACUUCAAUACGUCGUCCAUUUGUGUCGCAUGUUGGCAGACUUCCAGCCGUUCGAAAACUUGUCCUAG